UCUGCAGCCAGCCACAAUGUGUGUCAGAGGACUGUCUGUGCUCCCAAAGUAGAUGACUGCUCCAAACCUGGUGUCUGUUUUACUGACUGCGAGAUACGAGAAAAAUUAGUUCGCACAUUGUCAUCCCAAGUCAGGACGAGGUUUUUCGAUUGUGGGAUAGAAUGCCGGCGAUCACGAGUAAAAACUCCGAUUUGGAGUUUGACUCCUUACAACCGUGUUUUUACCCGGACGAGGACGACUUCUACUUCUGUGGUCCCGACUCUGCGCCACCGGGGGAGGACAUCUGGAAGAAAUUCGAGUUGUUGCCCACUCCGCCCCUCUCUCCCAGCCGCGCCGCGCUACCGGGAGAACCGGCUACUGCCCCCCCGGAAGCAGACCCGCUUGGCUUCGGCUUGGGGGACCCACUGGACUGGGCGUCCGAGCUGCUUUUCCUGCCCGGGGACGAUAUAUGGGGGGCGUCCGACGAUGGGGACUUGUUCGGCUCCGCUUUGGAUACUAACCCCAACAGCAUCAUUAUCCAGGACUGUAUGUGGAGUGGCUUCUCCGCCAGGGAAAAGCUGGAACGGGUGGUCACGGAGAAACUCGGCAAGGCUAUUUCCACGGCCACGGCGGGCAGCAGGAGCGUGUGCGUCAAGGCACCGGAGGUCGUGAGCCGCAGCUCAGUGUCAGAGUGCGUGGACCCCGCAGUAGUGUUCCCCUUCCCGGUCAGCAAGAGGAGCGGCAGCAAGGACUCAUGUGGGACCGUUAACACAUCCACAGCCCACGGGAGCGCGCUCAGUGAUUCCGACGAAGAUGACGACGACGACGAUGAGGAAGAAGAGGAGGAGGAGGAGGAGGAGGAAGAGGGGGAGGAUGAGGAGGAAGAAGAAGACGAUGAAGAGGACGAGGAGGAGGAGAUCGAUGUGGUCACGGUAGAGAAGAGGCGCUCCACAAUCAGCAAGGCAUCACCCAUGGCGACGGGCACAGUCACCAUCUCCGUGCGCCCCAAGAACCAAGACUCGAGAGGGGCGUCCUCGGGGUCCGUGGGCCGCUUCGUCAGCCGGGCCCCCCAGGAGCUGAUCCUGAAGAGGAGCUCGGUCCACCAGCAGCAGCACAACUACGCGGCCCCCUCGCCGUACGCCUCGGACGACGACCCGGCCCCGCCGCCGAAGAAGCAGAAGGUCUCGGACGCGUCGCGGCCCCCCGCCCGGACCUUCUCCUCGUCCUCCUCGUCCUGCGGCUCGGUCUCCGGCGCGUCGGGGCCGCGCAGCAAGCGCAGCAACAGCGGCGACAGCAGCCCGCGCGGCAGCUCCGACUCGGAGGACAGCGAGCGCAGGCGCAACCACAACAUCCUGGAGCGCCAGCGCCGCAACGACCUGCGCUCCAGCUUCCUGACGCUGCGUGACCACGUGCCCGAGCUGGCGCACAACGAGAAGGCGGCCAAGGUGCUGAUCCUGAAGAAGGCCACCGAGUACGUGAGCUCGCUGGAGACGGAGGAGGCGAGGCUCCAGCAGGAGAAGGACAGGCUCCAGGCCCGCAGGCAACAGCUGAUGCGCAGGCUGGAGCAGGCCAGGACUCGCUAACAGACAACCGCUACAACACAGAAACACUCACAUGUACCCCCCCCCCCCCCCCCCCCCCCCCCCAAGAACCCCCAAACACCCAUCCCACCACCACCACCACCACCACCACCAACCCCCUCCCUACUCCCACCACCCCCUCUGCCUCAACCUGAAAGACUGUUAGACACACACGUAAGCACAGACACAUAGGCCGGCACAUCUCUCGUACACGUGCACACACAAACACAAUAUCUCAGAGGACAUUUACCUUCCGACGCCCAGACACACACACAACGACACACACACCUGGAGAAGGGGGAGAAGGGGGGCAACAGGAGGGAUGCUCGGACUUUCACUGCCGCCACUUUUUUUGCACAUUUGUUGACGUUAAGAAUGUUUAGGGUUUACUUUUUCAAUCCAGUCACAUUGAGGAAAGUUUAAAGAAAAAAGAGAGAGAAAAGAACGAGGAAGGAGGAAGGACGCGCUUUUUUUUUAAAAGUCUUCCCUUCCUCUGGUUUUUAUAUCAUUUCUAUUUGUAAUUAUUAUUUUUUUUAUUAUUAUUUGUAUUCACUGUGACACCAGCCUGGAAUCUGGUGAUUCCUACAGGGACGGGUGUUAGAGGGCACUUUGCUCGGAGAGUUCACGUACAAGAAGAAGUGCACAUUUACUUUUGCCUUCACCACUGCAAAAAAAAAACUGAAAAGACUGUAAUGACUGAGGCGUCAUGGGUCAUGUAAAACAAUGCCACUACAGGUUCUCUGUCUCUCACUCCUUUCACACUGGUGCUCAAACCAAGUCAGUGGAUGUAUAACUGUGCACCUUGCUAGCCGACACUUUUGUAUAUAACAAUAGUGUACAGACAAAUUACACUCAGAUCUGCCUUGUUUUGUAAUACUUUUGUCCUUUUUUUUUUUUUAUACACGUCAGGAAGCUGCCAAUAACUAGACUGGAAGUUUAUAUACCUUUAAAAGUACUGUAAGGCCUCAAUUUUUGAGAGUCACAAAACUUUGUAAUAUAACAAUAUAUUGUUUUUUUUUUCUUAUUGUUUUUCUUUGUAUUGUAUCAUAUUACUAAUUCUACACACCUUUAUGCUUUUAGUGUGAACCUGAUACAUACUAAAUUUGAUACUUAUAUUUUCGUAUGAAAAUGAGUUCCUGGUAGAUAUCACUUUAUCUUGUCAUUUUUUUUCUUCCUUCUAUCUCAAAUAAUUCUUUUGUACAGCAAAAUGUGUUCUAUCCCCAUGUACCUGGCCUUUUACUUUUUUUUUUCUUUCCUUCUUCCUCCCUUGUUUAUAUUUGUUUAUAUUAUCGGGUGCAUAGAACUGGGUAAACUGAUAUAAGAUGUUUGUUUUUUUCUUUUUUUAAAAUGUACAUUUAGUGCUGCAACUCAUAGCACUUUGAAAUACCUCAUUUUGAAAAAUAAAUAGACAUCGUAAAAAAAAAAAA